CUUUGUUUCGAUCUGAGAGUUUCGAUCAAAUCAGAGCCAAAAAAAGGUACAUUCUCUCAGCGCGCCGCUUCUCACGCAAGCGAGCGAACGAAUGGCAAGAGACGGUCUUCAGAUUCGAUGUUGAACUCGUCGGAAUAGUCCGCAUGGAGUGUGUUAACUGUGACUGCGCCAUCAUACCCAGUGGACACGGAGUUGGUUUUUUCUUCGAUUAUUGCAAAAAUUUCUUCCCAGCUGCUUCACCACCAGCAUAGCCAUUUUCAUUCAGCCGCGGGUUUGCUGGGCUCGAAUUCGCAUCUGGAAAGGGCCAUCCAUCGUCUGCUGAAAAGGUGAAGCGCUUGUGUGUCCGUCGACUUCUGUGUGUUCCUCUCGGCGAACGGAACGGCAGCAAUGGCAUUGUCCCACGAGGCCUGGAAGAGAGUGACUCCGGAAAGUGGUGAUGAAAAUUUGUGAGCUUCUAAAGUAGCGAAUAGAAAAAGCCACGGGGUCGCCCGCUACAACUACCACUGGGUGUGUGUUUUGAUUUCUUCAUGGCUCCGCGCGACAACGGCGUCGAGGGCACAGUAAUGGUCUGUGCUAGUUGGUAGUGUCGCUCUCGAGAAGUUUUGUGAAGUGAAGUUGGAGUUGUUUUUUUUUGUGUCUUCAGGUUGAAACAAGUCCUUUUUGCAUUGAGGGGUGUGUGUAUUGAUUGAAGUGCCGCAACUCUGUGCUGACUGUUCCACAGUAACCGUGUGAGCAGGAGAAGGAAAGAGAGAUAUAGAGAGGGUGACCCUGUGCGUACGGUGAGUCCUCCGCGAGGACAUCAGGUUGGGUGAGAAGUGCGUGUGAUGCCGAUCAAGAAGAAAAAAAGGGGUGAGGAUUUGUCUAGUGCGGCUCAGUGAGGAGGAAGAUAGGAAAGGUGCAAAAAUUCGAGUGUUUUUCGUCGGCGAAAAGAAAAUUGAUUCGAAAAGCUGUGCGUCGUUUGUGUUGCGAGAAAAUCUGGGAGUUUAAUGAGAAAAAUUCAUGCAUUGAUCGGAAUUCUGGUCCCAGAAAGUGUUCGUGUGUGCGCAGCAUCCGUUGCCGGAAGUGAGAAAUCUAGUGUUCUGUCAAAUCCGUCAAAUUCGUCGUAGCCCUGGAGGAAAGAGCGAUUCCUGUCAUGGAUCAGCCAGCGCCUUCGUUUCUGGUCGAACUGCUGCACUCAGUGCCGCACAUCAACAUUACGCUGCACCGGGUGAAUGACACCUUCAACCCCAACAGCACCAUCUAUGUUGAGAGCCUGGGCAUACUGGCCUCCAUACCGGCGGCCCUUCUAAUCAUCUCACUGGUGUUCCUGCUUCUCUACCUGCUGACCAGAUGCUGCGACCGGAAGCCUCGGAAGCCCAAGUCACACGAGAGUUGA